AUGCGUCUACCUUAUGUUCCCAACCCGCCCGUCGACUUGGACGCAGCAGGCAGAGCCGUCCUCAGUCAAAUAUUAGCGCGUCGAGGUGCGAGUGGGCUCAUCUCACUUGACUGGGCUCUUCUUCACUCACCAAUCAUUGCUGGAGGUUGGUAUUCCUUCUUUGGAGCAAUUUAUUCCGGCUCUAUCUUUCUCCAUGAUCUGUUGGAGCUUGCGGUAUGCAGAGUUGCAUUGCUUAAUCGAGCUUGGUACCAAUAUGACGGGCAUGUCAGAGUAUUAGCGCGGUGUGAAGGAUUUGAUUUGGUAAAACUUAAAAUACAGUGGGCUGUCCUAAGAUAUGCCGACGCAAUGACAAAAGACAUUGCGGUUCACGAUACAGUAUUCAGGGAUCUCAGAAAUUCAGGGCUAAAUGAUAGAGAAAUUAUAGAGCUCACUUUGACUAUUGCGGCCUAUAAUGGAGUGAGCAGAUUUCUUGUCGCAUUGGACGUCGGAGAAAGAAAUUCGAAACCUACGGUGAUUGAAGCAACUGAUCCUUCAAAUUCGUCAUCGUCGUGA